UCCCCCGCACCACUUCCGGGGGCGCCACAAAAGUCCCGGGUGCGAGGGUCGGUGCUCCGGCUCGCCGCGCGGGGAGGCAGUGAACACAGCGGGCUGUGCCCCGGGGGACGGAUUGCGCUGAUACCUCUGCGGCAGCAGGUUAGCGAUGGUCCGGAGCGGGAAAAACGGUGGGCUACACCUGAAACAGAUUGCGUACUACAAACGGACAGGGGAGUAUCAUCCCACAACGUUAUCGAGUGAAAGAAGUGGAAUCAGAAGAGCAGCCAAAAAAUUUGUUUUCAAAGAAAAUAAAUUGUUCUAUGUUGGAAAAGACAGAAAACAAAUGCGCUUGGUAAUUCUUUCAGAUGAAGAGAAGAAAAAGGUGCUUGAGAAAUGCCACAAAAAUGCUGCAGGCACUCAUCAUGGCAUAUCAAGGACACUGACUUUAGUGGAAUCUAAUUACUACUGGACCUCUGUAACAAAUGAUGUCAAACAGUGGGUGUAUGCUUGCCAGCAUUGCCAAGUGGCAAAGAAUACAACCAUCACAGCACCCAAAUCACACCCUAUCAAAGCAGAGGACCCCUGGGUGGCAGUUACUAUAGACCUAAUAGGACCUUUUAAUGCAACCAACAGAAGCCACAUGUACAUCAUUAUCAUGACAGAUUUGUUCACAAAAUGGACUGUUAUCCUACCAUUGUAUGAUACUUCAGCAGCUGAAAUAGCAAAGGCAAUCAUAAGUGUGUUUUUCUUAUAUGGACCACCUCAAAAAAUGCCUAUUGAUCAAGGGAGAGAGCUUGUUCAUCAGAUAAACAAAGAACUGUUUGCGCUCUUUGGAAUGAAACAAGUAGUAUUGUCUUAUCCUCAGACAGAUGAUGUAAAUGAAAGAACAUGCAAGACAAUCAAAGCUUUCCUUAACAAGCACUGCACAGAGCAUCCAAAUGAUUGGGAUGAACAUUUAUCUGCUAUUGCCUAUGCUUUUAAUUUGACUAACGUGGAGCCAGAUCAAAGCAUCCCGUAUUUCCAGAUGUUUAAUCGUAACCCAUAUGUGGUUGAGUCAACAAAUGUGUGCGUGGAAGGAGAAGACAGUAUGUUUGCCAAAAUAUUUGAAGCAACUAAAAAAGCCAGUCAAGCACUGGAGGAAGAGAACACCUCAGACUGCCAGAUAGUGAAAAUCACGUCAGAUGAACAGAAAACCAGAAACAAGAUUACUGUCAAAAGGAAGCCAAAACAGUUAAAUCCCCUUCGCCUUAAAGUUGGGCAUGAAGUCCUCAGACAAAGAAAAAACUGGUGGAAGGAUGGUCGUUUCCAGUCAGAAUGGGUUGGUCCUUGCAUUAUAGAUUAUAUCACAGAUAAUGGCUGUGCAAUAUUAAGAGAUGCCACAGGAUCCAGGUUGAAAAGACCCAUCAAAAUGUCUCACCUUAAGCCAUACAUAAGAGGGUCCAGUGAAAAAGACAACCAUUACUUCUUACAAGGUUCAAUAGUUGUUGACCACGACUAUAUUGGCUUUUCCAAAAGAUCAUAUAAUCCAUGCCAGCAAGAUUCCACUGUUGAGGGGGAAAUCAAUGCCUGUGCAAGAGGUGUCAUGUCUGCUGUGCAAAUACCACCUUCAGCCUGCAAAGACCAAGAAUCAACAGAAUGCAAACAUCAGUCUGAGCUAACGAAAGAUCACAGCAUUGAGCCGAACAACGCAAAUCCAGAGCAGUGGCCUUCACCUUGCUGGACACUUCAGACCAAGAUAGAGGAUACUUAAGCAAAUAAUUGCACAUUGUAUUUCAUUGGCAAACAGUUUUAAUAGCUCCAAGUUCCUCAGACAAAUUCACUUCACUGCUGUAUGUAUUUAAGAAUACUGCACGUGUCCAGUGGUUAAUUGAAAUGAGCAUUAAGAAGCAAUCACCCUGUUAUCCAAAGUAUGGGCACAACCUAGAAAAGGCACGUUAUCAUCAUGCAGUUGAAUUACAGUAUGUUUUACAAUAGCAAUAUGGCCCUACCUCACUGUUUAUCGUCUCAGGGCACAUCACACCAUUUCAUUCUGAUGACCUUUUCAUUAAUCCUCAGAUGACUCAUUCCUAACAUGCACAGAUACUGUGGGAUGAAUGUAAGCUAAGCAACUUAACAUAAAUUUUGCCUCCAGUGCAGAAGGGUAAAGAAGCUCAUGUCCUCCUUUUUGUUGUAAAACUGUUUCCCAUUCUUUCUGAGAAGUUGCAAACUUUGACCCUUACAGCUUUUAUUCUCUAGUUUAGCCCACAGCCCUAAGAUCUCGCAGAACAGUAAAGCUGCCAGAAUCAAGUGCAGGUAAUGUUCUGCAUAUGAAACAACAAGGCCUGCAGCUGCUCCCUGCUCAUCAAAACUGUACUAGGGAAAGCAAUUUUAGUCUCUCAGGCAAAUCAAAAUCUUAAGGGUGCUCAGCAUGUGCUUGUGCUCUCUUCACAAGCCUCUGAUUUCCCUUACUGUUAUUUCUCAGAGCUACAACAGGUUUGGAUGAGGAUUCCUCUUCUUCCACUGACAGCGCUCUAGGAAAGGUGAAGGACUGAUGUUAUUUAUUCUCUGAAUUCCUUGACCAAGUUGGUAUUGGCCUGGGCCUCCUGGUAAGAGGACUGCAUCUCAGAGUAAUAGCAAAAUUUAUCUACUGUUGAAGUCAGUUGAACAAUAAUUGAUGAGAGCAGGAGUUUUCAGUUAAUCUUAGAUAGAAAGACUUAGUCCUCAAGGCUGUUUAGAUACUUAAUACCUGUGUUAUGGGUUGGCCUAUCACAGGCCAAGGCUAUGUAAGAAAAGAACUCGGUAUCAUCAUUCUAUUCUCUGAUUCCAUCCUAAAAUGCCUUUGAAAAAAAUACUUUUAUAUUAAGAAAGUACUUUGUGUCUUCCAAAAAUCUAGCCCUACAUACACACUUUUUCCCCCACAGAGAGAGUGUUUCACAAAGAAUGUACCUAACAAAGACACUUGGAUAUUCUGUCCUAAUAGGCUCCUCCUAUAUGUCAACUCCACCAAACACAAAGAUGAACAAGGUUUGUGUUAUUCAUUGACAAAUAUGCUCAAGCUUGAAAGCCCAUCUUUAUAUAAAUUGCUUUUACCCCCAAGCUAUAGUGUCCUCUGAGGCAAGUAAUCUUUAUAAUGAUUUUUCUAAUGCAGUUGAGCAAGUAAGUGGGCUUGGUGAAAUACAUUUUUCUCACUUUAAAAAAAAAAAGACAAGACUUGCCAAGAAAUUCCAUCAAACAGCAUUCUGUUAAACUAUACGUAAAACAAAAAAGACAAAUAAUGCAUGCUUGUAAAUAGGAAAUAGCCAGUAAUUGUGAACAAUAGUCUCACCUUGAUUUUCUUCUGUAAUGAGCUGUGUGAUCAGAUAGUAUUCUUCUCUGGGAAUACGGAUUUAAGAUCUUCCAUUUGGGAGUUGUGGUGAGAUCCACAAGCUCAGGAGGCCCAUGUCAUGGUAAUGACCUGGCAGGUAAUCUCUUACUACACUAAUCCUUCUUAGCAGAGGGCCCGAUUCUUUGAGCCAGCCCUCCUGCUCCCUAUGAACCUUUAACUCUUUCAUUGGGAUUGCUACCCUAAGGGACAUCUUCUGCUAGGAUGGACUUGUUACGACUUAGUCCUGUCUAAUAGUACGUCUUUAGCACAAACUGGCACGUGGCCAUUUCCUGCUAAAAUGUGGGGUCUUUCAGAGUCAGAGAGAAAAUCAGAUAGAGAAUAAGGGAGCUGCCUCCAAGAUACCCAUCUGCUCUGUUAGACCAAUAAAAACCUACCCCAUUUGGUUUUU